CUCGCCCUCUCUCUCUCUCCCUCUCUCUCUCUGUCCCAUACUGGCACUCAGCCACCCAGAUACCCCCACCCACCCCCUGUCGUCUCACCCUCAGCCUCCUCACCCCCUCCUCCCAAUCUGUGAUAAACUAAGUGAUAGCAGCAGCCCGUCGGACUGUCGGCUAUAAAACACAACAAAUCAUAAAGUGCAGGCAGGGGAAGGCAGAGGCAGGAGGAAGGGAGGGAGAACCGUUAGCCGUUAGCCGUUAGCCUCCAUCUACUCCUCCUUCUUCUUCAUCGCCGAACGUUGUUGUUGUGUUUGUUUCGUUCCCUCCUGUCCUCCCCUUUCCUCUUCUUCUCCUCUCCUCUCCUCUCCUCUCCGCCGCUCUUCUCCUCCUUUUCUCUUGUCUUCCACACUUUCUCCCGAUGAGCUCCUAUUUUGUCAACUCCUCUUUCCCGGUGACACUACCGGGUGCGGGUGGAGGCGCCCAGGCGGCGGAGUCGUUCCUGGGUCAGAUCCCGCUCUACUCGUCGGGAUACGCCGCCGACCACCCGCUCAGGCACUACCCGGGGGCAGCAGCCGUUACCGCUGCCGCGGCCGUGGCUUACGGCGCGAGCGGAGUGCACCAGGAGAAACCCUACACUGCGUCCAGCUACUACCAGCAGGCGGCCAACGGAGUGUAUGGCGGGCACCGGGCGGCGGUGGCGGCGGCGGCGGCGGCGGCGGCGGGUGCGACCGGAGCCGGCGCCUGCGACUACGCCACGGCGGCUGCGGCUGCAGCGGCAGCCACGAGUUUCUACCGGGACAAGGAGCACCCGUGCAGCCUGGAGGAACACCAGCUCGCGCUGAGCCAGGACGGCAUGCACCGCAAAGCGGAGUGCGCGGGGCUGAGUGGCAAGGGGCUGUUCGGUGAAACGAUGGACGACAAACACGCGGCGUCUGCCCCCGUUUAUCCGUGGAUGCAGCGAAUGAACUCGUGCAACGGGACCUUCGGUAGUCCCGGGAGGCGCGGCCGACAGACGUACACGCGCUACCAGACGCUCGAGCUGGAGAAGGAGUUCCACUUCAACCGGUACCUGACGCGGCGGCGGCGGAUCGAAAUUGCGCACGCUCUCUGCCUCACGGAGCGGCAGAUCAAGAUCUGGUUCCAAAACCGCAGGAUGAAGUGGAAGAAGGAGAACAAGCUGAUCAACUCAUCCUCUUCCUCCUCGUCGUCCUCCACGGUGAACGGUGCAGAGGAAGAGGAGAAACGGACGGACUGAAAGAGAGGAUGAUGAAAGAAUAUAUAAACUGAUGUAAGAAACGUAAAAAGAGGAAGAGGAGGAUGGAUGCGAGGACAUGCCUGUUGAUUCCUCCCCGCUCCAAUCGCAAAGUUCGUCCAGACGUGUCUGGUGUGAAAACUCUGUUAAAAAAAGUAGACAACAUUUCCUUCCUUUUUUUUUCUUUUUUCUUUUUUACCUGAGGAGGGAUGAGGGAAGAAAGAGGGAGAAUAGAAGUCCCAUCUAUUGCAUCCGACUUCUUCUUUGGGCUGUGUCUGCCUCUCUGUCUAAUACUGGGAAAUACUUUUGAGGGAGAAGGAGCCGCCAGACUCUGGAAAGUUCAUCAGAAAACGAGAGGAAAGACAGAGAAAUGGCGUCAUAAAAAAAGAGAAAGAGGGCGACGGUGUGGCAGGCGAUGGCAUUGUGUUACAGAAGACAAAAAAAUACAGCAACCGAAUGGUGACGAGUUGUCCGCAGACACGAGGUCUUGUUGCAUUCCAAGAAAAAAACAUAACUUUUUAGUAUUUUAGUUUUUAUUUUAUUUUAUUUUAUUGUUUGUGUUAAAUGUACUUGCGAUCUGUCAGGCACUUGCUGUGAAGCUUCGGGACUCGGAACCCCCCCUCCCCCCCCCUCAGCCCCUCACCCCCAAACCAAAUUAUCUUAUUUUGUAAACUUGUCGUGUGUAUUCUACCUUCAAACAAGCCCACACACACAACACGGGGGCUAUGUGAGAAAGUGUGUCUGUCAUAACGGUGUUCAUAUUUAAGCUGUAUAGAAAUAAGCGAGGAGAAAUCACCGUCUAAGGUGAAAGGAUGUAAUUGGGGGUGGAGGGGUAAUUUAACCUGUCCACCUGUUUUACUUUUCCAGUAUUUGAUGGGGAGGAGUGGGCGGGGUGGGACGGGGUUUAGCCUACUGAUGUUAUUCGCCAAACUACCUAAAACGUUCAGGAAAAUGUAUAUUUUAAGGAUUUUUACAUUGAUUGUUUAUGUUAAUGUCUCUGUCAAGUAAUUGCGUAUUAUACUACCUAUGAGAAAUCCUCAAUAAAAUGUAAACAAAC